AUAAUUACAGCGUCAUCAUAAUGGAUGAAGCACACGAACGUUCACUGCAAACGGACGUUUUAAUGGGCUUGUUAAAACAAGUCCUUUCGAGAAGGCGUGACAUUAAAUUAAUUGUCACGUCCGCAACUAUGAAUUCUGAAAAGUUCUCCGCGUUUUUUGGAAAUUGCCCGACAUUCACGAUACCGGGUCGUACAUUUCCAGUGGACAUUAUGUUUAGUAAGACACCAUGCGAAGAUUACGUAGAUAGUGCGGUUAAACAAGUUUUGGCAAUUCAUCUCGGGCAUCCUGCUGGCGAUAUUUUAGUCUUCAUGACUGGUCAGGAAGAUAUCGAAAUAACUUGUCAA